CAAAAGACAACAUCAAUGCCAGGAAAGAUUUAGCUAAUCUUUGCGAUCGCCCUAGCCUUGAGGUCAAAUUAAAUCCUAAUGGAAAGGAGAGGACACCACGAGCUCCAUACUGUCUAAAGCCGGAAGAGCGAAAAGAAGUAUUUCAAUGGUUGAAAAUGUUGAAGUUUCCAGACCGCUAUGCAGCUAACAUAAAACGUACUGUUAACCUCGACACUAAUAAAUUAAAUGGUUUGAAGGCUCACGAUUACCAUAUUUUGAUGGAAAGACUUAUGCCGGUAAUGUUCCGUGGCUAUUUGAAGCCUCCUCUGUGGAAGAUGAUUGCUGAACUUAGUUACAUAUAUAGACAUAUAUGUGCUAAGCAUAUCUCAAAGAAAUUGAUGAUUCAAUUUGAGAAACAAAUCGCGGUGCUUGUAUGCAAGAUGGAAAAAGUAUUUCCGCCUGGAUUUAUGAAUGUGAUGCAACAUUUGCUAGUGCACUUACCUUAUGAAGCAUUGGUAGGAGGACCAGUGCAGUUCCGAUGGAUGUAUAGUCAAGAAAGAGAAUUGAAAAAACUUAGAGCUACUGUGCGGAACAAAGCAAGGGUUGAGGGGUGUAUCGCAGAGGCCUUUGCAGCUAAAGAGAUCACAAUCUUCUCAAGUCAGUAUUUAUCACACACUAACAACGUGAAUGCUCAGUCAACACGGUAUCAUACUGAAGAAGAAGGUCCUUCGACCGACCUUAGUGUUUUUCUAUGGAAGGGGAAAGGGGUCGGGGCUUCUACUGCACAUUAUGUUGACAUAAGAGAGCGUAAUUUCACCAUGCUCUACUUGUACACCAACAUGGAGGAACUUGAUCCAUACUUUGAAAUGUUUGAUUCCAUAUAUUUAGCUGGCCACAAACCUACACCAAAGGAACUGGAUAAUCUACGUAUGAAAGGGAUGAAUGGAGGUCCAUGUUUCGUUGAAUGGUUCCACGAGCAUUGUAAGAAACUGGACUCUCUAGUCUCGGAUGAUUUGCGACAGAUAUCACAUGGUCAGUUGAAAGCAAGAAAAUAUAGCCGCUAUGAUAUUAAUGGAUACCGUUUUCGAACAUCAAAAUUAGAAAAAAUCCGCCCGCAGGCAGCCACGACAAACAGUGGAGUAGUAGCAACUGCCACAAAUGCAGACGGAGGCACUCAUGACUAUUAUGGUGUUCUUCAAGACAUAACGGAGUACACUCUUGGUGGGGCCAAAGAGUUCAUGUUUGUGUUAUUUGAUUGUGAAUGGUUUGAUCCUCAACAAACACGAGAGGAUGAAUUUGGAAUUGUGGAGCGCAACAGGUGUACUAUCUAA